GCGGUUUGCUGUCUAGGUGUCAUCAGAUUACAAUAUUACCCUUUGCUGAAGACUGCACUCAUUUAUGCCUGAUUCAUAUCUUACACAGACUCUUGGACCCUGAGAUUUGUGGCUUUAUUGUUUUUGUUACCGUAGGAGCUUCAGCCAAUUAUGACAAGCACAGAACCCAAAAGCACUGUGCCGAAGGAAGGGGCAGAGCAGACGCAGCAGCUGCAGAAGGAGAAGAAGAGAGGGAUCUUCCAAUGGAUGAAAUGCAAUGUCUGCAGAGCGGCCUCCUUCAUCUCUGGGGACAUGAGAGAGUUUGGGGAGUGGCUCAAAGGUCACAGUGUGGUGUUCCAGUUUAUUGAUUGGAUCCUGCGGGGGGCUGCCCAGGUGAUGUUUGUGAACAAUCCUCUCAGCGGACUUUUUAUUUUUGCUGGGCUGAUUUUGCAGAAUCGUUGGCUGGCUCUCAAUGGCUUUGUGGGCACUGUUUUUGCAACCAUAUCUGCACUUAUCCUCCGUCAGAACAGGGGAGCCAUUGCCGCCGGUCUCUAUGGAUACAAUGGAAUCCUGGUGGGCCUGCUGAUGGCAGUGUUCUCUGAAAAGGGAGACUGGUACUGGUGGCUUUUGCUGCCAAAUAUGUUCAUGUCUAUGAUGUGCCCAAUUGUUUCAAGUGCACUGGCAUCUAUCAACAGUAAAUGGGGUCUCCCCGUUUUCACACUGCCCUUUAACAUCUUAGUCUGUCUGCACAUGGUGGCUACUGGACACUACAACAAAUAUUUUCCACAGGUCCUAAUUGAGCCAGCAAGAUCCCUGUCAAACAUCACAUGGUCAGAAAUCAAUGUGCCUUUGUUAUUCAGGGCAGUGCCAGUCGGUGUUGGGCAGGUGUACGGCUGUGACAACCCUUGGACGGGGGGCAUUUUUAUUGUCUCUUUGAUUAUCUCAUCUCCAAUUACCUGUUUGCAUGCAGUAAUUGGUUCCACAGUUGGUAUGCUUUCAGGUCUGGCCCUUGCAUCCCCCUUUCAGAAGAUCUAUGACGGUCUGUGGGGUUACAACUGUGUGCUGGCCUGCAUAGCAAUAGGAGGGAUGUUCUAUGCCCUGACAUGGCAGGCUCAUCUUCUAGCAAUCACCUGUGCAUUUUUCUGUGCAUACCUGGGAUCAGCUAUAGGCAAUGUCAUGUCUGUGUUUGGAUUACCUGCUUGUACCUGGCCUUUCUGCCUCUCUGCGCUCACUUUCUUGCUGAUCACCACGGAAAUCAAAGAUAUACACAGACUGCCCCUCUCAGAGGUGACCUACCCAGAGAGAAACCUCAAAUAUUUCAAGACGAUAAGAAAAGCUGAAGAAGCAGAUUUGACAGAUGUGCAAACAUAGACUUAAAAGAACUCCUGAAGUACACUUAAAACUUUUAACACAUUUUAGAAUACUAUUUAUAGUUUUAGAAGACAUAACAUUAGAUAAAGUACAAUAGAUAAAAAUAAAGGAAAAUAAAUAGAUAAAUAGACUUAAUACAUCAUUAAUAUGUAGUAAAUGACAUGACAAGUACAUUAAUAGAUUUAAAUAGAAAUAAGUGAAUGUUGUUACUAUGUGUUAAAGACACAUACUUUAAUAACAAUGUAAUUGCACAGUGAGUAUUUAGCAAUAACUCUUAAAUUUGUACGGCAUUAAUUGAUGAAUAAUACUCACCGUGACCAUAAUGCCAAUAAUUUGAAUCUGUUGAUAAUUAAAAUAUUGAUGUUUUGUU